AUGGGUGUCCCAACCAUACGAUCCAUUGUAAAAGAGGUGAGCAAAGCUAUUUGGACAGUUAUGAGGGGAGAAUGUAUGCCUGAACUUACUAAAGAAAAGUGGGAAGCUAUAGCAUUGGGGUUUGAAAAGCGUGCACAGUUUCCUCACUGUCUUGGUGCCGUAGAUGGGAAGCAUAUUCGCAUUAUUCGACAAAUGCAUAGUGGAUCUAUGUUUUACAAUCACAAAGAAUAUUAUUCUGUAGUUUUAUUGGCAGUUGUGGACUCGAACUAUAAGUUUGUUUAUGUUAAUGUGGGAAGCUAUGGCAAGGAAUGCGAUUCAUCGAUUUUCAAAGAGUCGACCCUGUGGAAAUCCAUCGACUCUAAAAAAUUGGAACUACCUGAUGAGAUGUGUCUCCUCGGAAGUGAGAGUCCAAAAAUGCCAUAUUUCUUCGUCGGUGACGAAGCAUUUGGUCUCAACAAACAUUCAAUGAGACCGUUUGGUGGAUCACACCUAACAUUGAAGAAAAGGAUUUUCAACUAUAGACUGUGCAGAGCUCAAAGAUAUGUGGAGUGUGGAUUUGGAAUUUUGACUAAUAAGUUGCGGAUCUUCCAUGGACCCCUCAAUGUAGAACCAGAAUUUGCAGUGGAAAUUGUCAAAGCUUCUGUAUUACUCCACAACUUUGUCCGCGAUAGGGAUGGCUACUUACCUGAGGAGACAACGACAAUUAUCGGCCUUGAAGAUUUACCUCGGGAUAAUAUGGCUAGAGGAGGACUCGAAGCCAACUCCACCAGAAAUAUUUUGAGUGAUUACUUCCUAACAAACGUUGGAUCUGUUUCGUGGCAGCUGAAUAAAAUUUAA